GCGCGUGCGCGGUAGCGGGCCAAGGUGUCUCCGGGGCGGGCACGCAGAGCUGGCGAGCUGCUUUGGCGGAGGCGGCGCCGACUCGCGCGCGGAGGAAGGAGGUCGGUUCGGCGGCGCCGGCGGAAACCUGAGUCCGGGCGGGAGGCCCGACGGCGGGAGGCGGCAUGUCGGUAGCGGGGCUGAAGAAGCAGUUCUACAAGGCGAGCCAGCUGGUCAGCGAGAAGGUUGGCGGGGCCGAGGGGACCAAGCUGGACGAUGACUUCAAAGAGAUGGAAAAGAAGGUGGAUGUCACCAGCAAGGCCGUGGCAGAGGUGCUGGUCAGAACCAUCGAGUACCUGCAGCCCAACCCAGCCUCACGGGCCAAGCUGACAAUGCUAAACACCGUAUCCAAGAUCCGGGGCCAAGUGAAGAAUCCUGGCUACCCGCAGUCAGAGGGGCUGCUGGGCGAGUGCAUGGUCCGCCACGGCAAGGAACUGGGAGGAGAGUCCAAUUUCGGUGAUGCCCUGCUGGAUGCAGGUGAAUCCAUGAAGCGCCUGGCCGAGGUGAAGGACUCGCUGGACAUCGAAGUCAAACAGAAUUUCAUUGACCCGCUGCAGAAUCUGUGUGACAAGGACCUGAAGGAGAUCCAGCACCACCUGAAGAAGCUGGAGGGCCGCCGCCUGGACUUUGACUACAAGAAGAAGCGACAGGGCAAGAUCCCCGAUGAGGAGCUGCGCCAGGCCCUGGAGAAGUUUGAGGAGUCCAAGGAGGUGGCGGAGACCAGCAUGCACAACCUCCUGGAGACUGAUAUUGAGCAGGUGAGCCAGCUUUCGGCCCUGGUGGAUGCCCAGCUGGACUACCACCGGCAGGCGGUACAGAUCCUGGAGGAGCUGGCAGACAAGCUGAAGCGGAGGGUGCGGGAAGCCUCCUCACGGCCCAAGCGGGAGUUCAAGCCCCGGCCACGGGAGCCCUUCGAUCUUGGAGAGCCGGAGCAGCCCAAUGGGGGAUUCCCCUGCGCCCCAGCACCCAAGAUCACAGCUUCCUCCUCAUUCCGAUCAGCAGACAAGCCUGCCAGGACACCUAGCAGGAGUAUGCCACCCCUGGACCAGCCAAGCUGCAAGGCGCUAUAUGACUUUGAGCCCGAGAAUGACGGCGAGCUGGGCUUCCGAGAGGGUGACCUCAUCACGCUCACCAACCAGAUCGACGAGAACUGGUACGAGGGGAUGCUGCACGGCCAAUCGGGCUUCUUCCCGCUCAGCUACGUGCAGGUGCUGGUGCCCCUGCCUCAGUGACCGCGCCUGCACACUGGCUGCCUGCCUGCACUGUGUGGCAGCGGCCUAACGCCAAGGUGCUCUAGAAACACUAACGUUCCUCCAGGGAGGACCCUCCUCCCCACUCUCCCAGCCCUGGGCCCCCGUCCUAAGACUUGGGAAGGCCCACCCUGAGGUUCUCUCGCCUUCCUGGUGGUGGCAGCUCCCACCUGCUUCAAACCCUCCCAGCCCGUUGCUGGCGAUGGGCCCCGGCCCCUUCUCCAGGCUCCCCAGAGGCAGGCGGGUCCUUGGGGUCCCCAUCCUGCAAGCUGAGGCUGGCCAGUACCCCGGCUCGGCACACGGAGAUACUUAGCACCAGCUGCCCAUGUGGAAGUGCACACCACAGCACACGUGCACACAGCACACACACACCGCCCGCGGGACCACAGAACCGGCCUCAGCCCUGCCGAAGGCCAAGCACAAAGGCCCCGGAGAGAGGACAUUCCCGUCACCGGCGCCUUCGAGCCGGCGCCGUUGUCUGUCCACGGGACCCUGCACCUGGCGGCUGCCACAGGCCGCUGCGGGUGCCAGUAAGCGAGGCCUCCAGCCUGGGCUCAGUCACAUUCCUCUCUACAGCGGCCCCUCAACUUAUGGCUCCUCCCUGGCAUGUGGGGCCACACCCCACAUUCCCAGGUGGGCAACACUGUCCCGCUCCAGCCUGGCCUGAAGCGAACUCUACUCCUGAUUUUUUAAGAAGUAUUAAAUGUCUCUUUCUA